AUUUCCCUGAUACCCUCCCAAACAUACAAGAAAAGACCAACAAAAAUGUUUGAUGGACUGCCGGAUCAAUUCAUAGGCGCCGUCUCCGCCUCAUCGGCAACCGCAAGAACCACCGCUCUCCUCCCCCUCUCUUUCACUUCUUUUGACUCUUUGUACAUCACGUCCUCUUCAAACUCCCAUCAUCAUUAUCAUCAGCUGCCACCUCAGUUGUUGCAGCCAUUGCACCAGCAGCAGAAGAAUAAUGAAGAGAGCAGCAGCUUGGUAACUAUGAACACGGAGAUUAAUGAAAGAGAUCAGAGAUCCAUGGCUGAACCCAUUGAUAAUCUUCAUCAUCAUCAUCAACCUUGGUCCAACGAUGAAGUUCUUGCACUGUUGAGGGUUAGAUCCAGCAUGGAAACUUGGUUCCCACAAUUCACUGGAACAUGUCUCAAGGUAUACAUACGUACAUUUCUUCAUGUUAUUAUUCAUGUACAUAUUUAUGGAGCCGUUGUUUAA